AUGGGCGCGAACAAGGGGAUGGCGACGGCGGCGGGGACGGCGGUGCUCCUGUACCUGGUGCUGUCGGGCCGGCUCUGCGGGGACGCCGCGGGCGGCGACGGCGGCGCUGCCCUGGAGGACCAGCUGAUAUCGUCGGCCGUGUCGGCGGCGACGGAGGCGCGGCGGCGGAGGAAGGAGGACGCCCGGGCGCGGCGGGAGCACCAGCGGCGGGCGGCGUCGCGCGCCACCAAGCGGCGGCGGUGGCCCGAGCGCGCCCCGGACGGGUGGGGCGAGGCGGCCGCCCUGGCCGCGCGCACCGUGCGGCUCACCUGGGCGGAGACGCUCGGCAAGUGGGCCCUCGGGGAGCUCGCCUUCGGGAUCAAGUACUACAUGCGACAGCAGGGUAAUCUGCAGCAUGAGUAUGCUGGGAGUGAUUCUGUACUACUGCAUGGGCCUGAGGUAAGGCAGGAGCUGAUUUCGCUGCUCAGAUAUCUGUUGCAAUGCAUGUAUUUCUCGAAGAAGCCAUACAACGUGUUUUUGGAGUAUGGUGGUUAUGGCCAGAAUGAUGUGCUUAUAAAGAAAUCUAAGGCGAGGCUCCUGAAGCCUGCUUUCACCAUUGUUCGUGACAGAAGUAGCAAAUGCUUUCUCCUUUUCAUUAGGGGGGCUAUCAGUGUUAAGGAGCGGUUGACAGCAGCAACUGGCGCAGAGGUUCCAUUUCAUCACGUUGUGGUCCAGGAAGGUCGUGUUUCCAACCUAGUGUUGGGCUAUGCCCACUGUGGAAUGGUUGUAGCAGCUCGAUGGAUUGCAAAACAAGCCAUUCCUUGCCUGAGUAAAGCAAUCGAGGAAUUCCCAGAGUAUGAGGUUAAGAUCAUUGGACACUCAAUGGGAGCUGGGAUUGCAACAAUACUAACAUACAUCCUACGCGAGAACGAGAAGCUGUCAUCAUCCACUUGUAUUGCAUUUGGGCCAGCUGCUUGCAUGACAUGGGACUUGGCUGAGUCGGGUAAAGACUUUGUUACCACCAUUGUUAACAGAAAUGACGUAGUGCCAUCUCUUGGCAUAGCUUCUGCUGCCAAGCUUCGUAUAGAGGUUAUGUCAUCGUCUUGGGCACAUGACCUUCGCAAACAAAUUCAGCAGACUAGAUUCUUAGGUUUUGUGAACCGUUCUGUGAGUUUUAUAAGAUCUCAUGUGCCCUUUGUCUCUGAUCCAAGAUCUAAGGUUGUGGAUGUUGAUAUGCUACAAUCUGAGAGUCCUGAGGCUGGGAGUAAGCCUUCAGCAGAUACCCAUGCUGUGGUAAAGAAACGCCCUGCACUAGUUUGCUGGUCAUGUGUGGCUGCACCCAAACAGAGUAAGGAAUCGUCAAUACAAAUUCAGGGCACGGAAGUCCAAACCGACACUGAUGUCCAAACUGAGAAAACUACCGAAGCGGUAGCUGCUGAGCUAGUCUCAAUCCAUCUUGGUGAACUAAACCUUCAAGAAUCAGAUAACGAGGACAACAACAGAGAGGAAAAGGGAUCAUCUCUGACAGAAACAAAUGAAGAAGAGGCCAUGGAGCUUGUAGAGUCAUUGACUGACGAGAAGCAGGUGCCAUCAUCGUCAACCUCUGCUCAAGAACCACACCAGCUAUACCCUCCAGGGAAAAUAUUGCACAUGGUUGGAUUGCCAGCAGCGGAAGAGGCAACCACAAGUCAGCAAGGAGCCCAGGAGGAGGUCCUCGCCCUGUAUGAGACACCCCGGCAUUUGUACAGUAAGAUUCGCCUGGCGAGGUCCAUGAUAGGAGAACAUUACAUGCCCAAGUACAUUAAGACAAUGGAGCAGUUGAUAGACAAGCUUGCAGAGGACAUCGACGACCAGCUGGACUCUUUGUAG